UUGAUAUCAGUGGCAAUAAGCCGUAAACCCCAAGAAGUGUACUAAUGAGCUGUUACCACUGACAGUAUACAUAGUGCUCUAUCCCAGGGAGCCACUGCUCUCCCUCUGUGCCGUAUCCAGGAAGUCGUCUUGCUUGGUUGUCAAGCAAACGUUUGCUUGGACGCGAAGUGCUCUCAGUCUGUAAAGUAGCCGUGAAAGAUGAGUUGCUGUCAUGGGUCCGUGCUCCAGGAGGUCCGGCCUGGUACGGCACGGGUCGUAGUGACCGAGUUGAGUGGAUCAGACAUCAACCCAACUCCUGCCAAGAAACACUGUGAUGACUUCGACACGGUAAUGGCCUUUUACCUCACUCCAAAGAAGCUGGAAUUGCUGUGUGGAACUCAGGACCUCACUAACGUGACCUCGCUGGAGAUCUGCGUAAACACUCAAGAAAACACACUGGGUAACUUUGGUGCCUACUUGCCCAAUUUGGUGGAGCUCAGAAUGAGCAACAGUACAAUUGUGUCAAUAAGAGACCUGGGAACAACCCUCUCCCACCUGCAGGUGCUGUGGAUGUCCCGCUGCUCCCUACAAGACCUAGAAGGCAUUUCUAAUUUCUCGUCCCUCAAGGAAUUGUACAUGGCCUAUAACUUUGUGUCCGACCUGAGUCAGGUUGUUAUGCUGGAGAACCUGCAACUGUUAGAUAUGGAAGAUAACGAUGUGGAUGACCUAGUCCAGGUUCAGUAUCUGGGGUUGUGUGGCAAACUCCAGAGACUCACCCUGGCGGGAAACCCUGUGUGUGUCCGCCCAAACCCCACUGCCACUCAGACGGCAGACUAUAGUUAUCGGGCUGAAGUGAGGGAGUUGGUCCCUCAGCUGCGUUACCUAGACGAUUUAAGGGUGGAGGAGGACGAGCAUAGCUGCAGCAGCACCAUGGGAGAACACCGGGCCUUUCUCCAAAACACCAUCAGAGACUUCAACUCCUCCCAGGCAGCUACUGAAGACGCUGUGUGCAUCAGACCCCGCACUGGCUCCAGACCCAUGUCAGCGACCAGGCCAGGAAUUUGCUCCCCUCCUGGAUCCAGACCUGCUUCUGCAGACUCAGAUCUAGCAACAGUUGAAGCAGAAACCAGCAUCCUGACACAGGGAGCCGGCAAGAUCCUGUUCUGUGGAAACCCAGUCCAGUCUAUUCGAGCAAUGCGAGAAAAGUUGAGGACAGCACCCACCAGAUCUACUUUCAUCCCCAAUGACCUGCUCAUCCAUGUACCAGAACACACGUACGACCUUGAGGAACCUGAUGUUAGGGAACGCGGUGAUGUGUUUGCUGAGCUUAGAGCAUGGAGGGAGCAGCACAGCAGGCGUCUCCAGGCCAUAGAGGCAGAAAGAUUACCGCAGGUCCUUGCUAUUCGGGAUAGUGAUAGUGAUGAUGAUGAUGAAGAAGAAACCUCUGGGAGUAUAAAGAGCGACAGUAGUGAUGAAGAGCGUGGAGAGGAGAAGCAUUGUGGCAGCCUAGAUACUGCCUCAUCAAGUUCCUCUUUCCAGUCUCUCUCCAUAGAUCUGCAUCACAGAGAAGCCUUAUCCCCCAACAUUGCUCGACUGUCCCUGUCCCCCGACACCUCGCUGUCCCCUUCUCCCCCUCUCAGUGCCACAGCAGCUACUGGUAAUCGCAAGCCACUGGGGAUUCGUGCACGUAGGCUUCUACUCAACCGGACAAAUUUAGAACAUUUACCUGAUUCCAGCAAAGUAGGGUGCUCUCCUGGGACAAGUACAACCGCAGGAGAAACAGACCUGACACUCAAGAGGGUUCAGCAGUUGACCAGUGCAGAGAUGGACAUAUCCAGUGUAGAAUCUGGCAACAAGCAUCUUCUAACUCCUCAGAUGUCCAAACUCCUGCACAGGCCAGCAAUUACUCGUCCUCACACAGCCAGAGCAGUUCUGCAGAAACAUCACCCACACCACAUUCCAUACCCUUAAAAGAGUGUAGAGUGUAGGACAUUGAUGGAGUUCAUACCCCUUAUUUGCUUCACUCACACCAUACUUUGAGGUGUGUUUGGAUUUGUUUAAAUGAAGAUCCAGAAGAUAUUGAAAUCAUUCCCAUGCCAAAAUCCACUAAACUCAUAUCUGAUAGCGCUUUAACACGACUAACAGUGUAAUUAGAGGACAUGAUAUACAGAGACGACACCUCUAAUUCUAGUUAGUUGCUGGUUUUCUGAUGGCUUUAUUAGCUGGAUGGAAAUGAAAGGGGAUGGGACUAAUACCUCUCAUUUAAAUUUCUCAGGUUGAAAUAUUGAUUUAUUGUAACUCAAAUGCUGCCUGUGUUUUACCCAAUUUAUAAAUAUCUUUGGUUUUUAAGAUUCUCUUUUAUUAAAACUGAACUGUAUGACUAAUAAAAUGCAAUGGUUCAUUUUA